AUGGAUCUUCUCUGCAACGCAUACUCAAACGCCUCAGACAACGAAGAAGAGGAAGAAGAAUCAGCUAAACAACCCAGACCCGAAAACUUCACGCCCCCGAAUUCGAAGCGGCUCAAACCCGAUAACCCAUUUACACAUACUAAAACUCAGAAUCCUCUGUCGGACUCAACCCAGUUCCCGGCCCUCCGUAUAGAAGCUCCGGUUCCUGGUAGAUACGUAUCCAAGAGAGAGCGCGGUCUCUUGGGUUCCCAACCUACCGCCCCCGACCCGAACCCGGAUGCUUUGCUGCUGACGACCUCGCCUGUUUUUGGGAGUAUUUCGGAUUCUGAUGUUCCUCGUGAUAUUAAGUCUUUGUUGAGAAACAAAGCAAGAAAGGGUCGUGCACAGCUUGGCCAGAUGCCUCAAAGAAUGUCUGUGCCUCUAAGCAGACAUACCAAAGCUGUUAAUGCUGUACAUUGGUCACCAACUCAUGCUCAUCUUCUUGCCUCUGCUUCGAUGGAUCAAACAAUCUGCAUAUGGAAUGUGUGGAGCAGUGAUCAGAAGGUAGCCCGUGUUUUGAAUUUUCACAAUGCUGCUAUCAAAGAUGUGAAAUGGUCGGGGCAAGGGUUGUUUGUACUUUCUUGUGGAUAUGACUCCUCAUCAAAGUUAGUGGAUGUUGAAAGGGGGAUAGAGACUCAGGUUUUUAAGGAGGAUCAAGUUGUUAGUGUUGUUAAAUUCCAUCCUGAUAAUUUCAACCUCUUUGUUUCUGGGGGAUCCAAAGGCGGUCUGAGGUUGUGGGAUGUUAGAAAUGGCAAGGCGGUCCAUGAAUACGUUCGAGGUCAUGAUCCUAUCCUUGAUGUUGAAUUCACCACGAAUGGCAAGCAGAUUAUAUCAUCUAGUGAUGUAUCUGGACGCAACCUUAGUGAAAAUUCUAUUGUUGUUUGGGAUGUUUCACGACAAGUUCCACUCUCUAAUCAGGUUUAUGUGGAAGCCUACACAUGUCCCUGUGUGAGAUGCCACACAUUUGAACCAUUUUUCGUUGCCCAGUCAAAUGGUAAUUAUAUUGCAAUCUUCUCUUCAAUCCCCCCCUUCAAGCUGAACAAGUACAAGAGGUAUGAAAGCCAUGGGGUAUCAGGGUUUCCCAUUAAAUGCGUGUUUAGCGUGGAUGGGGAAAAGCUAAUCUCGGGCUCCUCCGAUGGUUCUAUAUACUUCUACGACUAUAGGUCUUCUGAGCUUGUCAGAAGAAUCAAGGCAUAUGAGCAGGCUUGCAUUGACAUUGCUAUCCACCCCAGCAUACCUAAUGUGAUUGCUUCAUGCAGUUGGAAUGGAGAGGUUUCAGUGUUUGAGUAA